CAGAUUAGCCUGGGAUUUAAUGCCCCCAUAUAUAUGUAGUGUACUUCGGACUCGUUUAGUUACUCACAAAUUCUGUUGAUUUUUGGACAUAAAUUCAGUGUUAUCUUAAGUGAAAAUUGUUUCAACAUAUUUUGUUUGUUGUUUGCGUGAAAAGAAGUCGGAAAUAUCCAAGGAGUUGUCUGCACUUUUCCAUUAGUUCUCUGUGUGUUCCUUGUGUUAAUGUUGAUGUGUGUGUAAGACACUGAUGUGACUCCCACCAGCUACGCUGUUGCAACUUUAGAUAAGUUUAAUGUCACUCAACUGGCAUUCCCAUUCGAUAUUAGUGUAAAGCAUUCCUUUUGGCUCGGACUCUAAAUUCUGUGUUAUUUCGAAAUUUAAAAACAUUUAAAUCGCCGAGAUGGUUAAUUUUGGUGCCUUACCUCAAAAGAGAUCGGGUCGCGUCCUGCCGCCCAAACGCACUCCAGUUUCUGCAUCCAAAUCCAAUGCUGGACCUGCUACCCUUUCGGCAGCGAGCCGCCUUAUGCGAAGACGGCCGGCGAUCGGCAGUAGUGCCUCGGCCAAGCGAACCACUGCCGGUGCGCUCACCAAUCUGAGUGGACGGCUGGCCGGUUCGCCAAGUCUGGGCAUGUUCCAUAGUCAGAGUCUGCUUGCGGACCCAAAGGCACAAACAACAGCUCUUCGCCAGCCCCCCGUACCGCCGCCACGCCCCCUCCGACGAGCCACCGGCCUUUCUGCUCUGCAAGUCGCCUCUACAGCUCCCGUUGGACUUGCUGCCAAGGUGUCUGGUGCCGGGCCAGCUCUUGCCGCCCACCCAAUAGCACCAUCUAUCCCUAUUCAGACAACGUUGGCUCCCAAGAAGAGUUCGCUAUCGAAACGCGCGUUAAGCGGGGGAAAGGGGGUGGAUCCUUGUAACCAGACCAAGCGGCGCGUCAAAUUUUCGUCCCAUGUUAGCGCACAACCUACGGAUACCACCAUCACUGCCAAGAAGUCAGCCCGAAUUGGAGAAUUGCAGCUGAAGAAGCGGGUCAAGACACUGAAGCGGAUUCGAUCCCGUCGGGAAGGUGGCCACGGUGGCAGUGGCAUAACACCAGACACCAGUGGCAUACUCGCCACAAGCAAUCAGGAUAUUAACACCAUCAUUGAUGUGGAAGCCCUGAAAGCACCACCACCACCACCACCACCAGCACCCCGUAUUCUACGCCUCAACGUUGUGGGGAAAUCUUCGCCGGCAACUGGGAAAUCUGCUCUUGCAGCGGCCCUUCAACGGAAGGCCAAGAGAACCAGACCAUCUGCUGCUGUAGAGUUGGAUAAAGCCACAACAGCAGGAGUAGUUAGAACAGCGGGCAAAGUAGGCAGCGGCAGUCGGAUCAGGAAAAGUGUCAAGACCACAACAAAGGUGAUCACCAGCAAGGCUGGCGGCGGCAGCAAGCAAAAGUUGCUGGGAGCUAGUUCCCAUUCGGUUACAGGAAGCAGUGCAGGAUUAGCGACGCACAAGAAAACAUUGUCGGCGGCGACAGCUGGACUGAAGCGACGUAAACCACAGCCAGCGAAUGGGCGCCGAGGCUAUGGAAAAGCCUGA